GCGGGGCGUGCACGCCUCUUCCGCCCUGGGCCCGGAAGGGUGAUGUGGCUGGGGCUUCGCCGGCCUCACUAUGUCUGCCAUUUUCAAUUUUCAGAGUCUGUUGACUGUAAUCUUGCUGCUUAUAUGUACCUGUGCUUAUAUCCGAUCCUUGGCACCCAGCCUCCUGGACAGAAAUAAAACUGGAUUGUUGGGUAUAUUUUGGAAGUGUGCCAGAAUUGGUGAACGGAAGAGUCCUUACGUUGCAGUAUGCUGUGUAGUGAUGGCCUUCAGCAUCCUCUUCAUACAGUAGCUUGGAAGAAUAUCAGAAUCUAAUUGCUAUCAGAUUUCAGUAUGAAAAAAGGACUUAUUUACAGAAAAUAAUGGAAGGAAUGGUUAACCCUUUUAUCUCUGAACAUUGAAUGAGAUAAAUUUCCAGCUGCUGUUCUCUAUUUUUAUUAUUGGACCAAUGUUCUAUAUAAAUAGGAUGUAACCAUUUAAUACUCAAAGAGUUAAAUAUGUAACAAUCAACCUCAGUACUGUCACUACAAUAUUACGUUCUGCAAAUGUUAUUCUGUUAUGUCAGAUACCAGUUUUUAGUGAGGUAUCUCUAAGGCGCAUAAUAGAAAACAAAAUUGGUAAAUGACCCAAGUUUCUUUCACUGUGAUUUGGGAAUGAUAAAUCCUUAUAGAAUGAGACAUUUUUCUGGACUAGCUUUUUUAUUGGGGGAAAAAAAAGGUUCCAUUUGUGUUGGUAAGGAUUGCAUUCAUAUUUAAUAAUGCUUGCUUUUCCUCUGGUCACACCAGAGCAUUAACAGAGUACCUCGAAGCAGACUCUAGCGUAUCCCAGGUGUUUCAGCCUUUUAUAACAAGCCUAUGCAGUUCUUAAGGAAGAAGAUAAAUGAGAUCAGACUUAACAGUAGUACCGGGAAGAUGUUCACACUUAGCAUAAAGAGUUUAGAAUAGCUGACUGGCAUAGUAGACUCUGAAAACUCUGCAUAAGUAUGGAUAAAUAUCUGAAGCAUAAAUCUGACCAGCUGUCAUUCUCUAAAUAAGACUGCAUUUUUAGAGUGAAAAUAGCAAAAUAGAACAAUUACAGAAUGAUUAUCCUAUUUGUGUUUUUCAUUCUUUUACUCUUUUUAGUGUCAGGUCUCCACUUAUUUUAAUUGCCCCAAAACACAAACUGUAUUUUGUUUGUUUUUAAAUACAGCACUUUAAAUCUAGUUUACUUUUUGUGUGUCAACUUGAACUAGAAUCUUCUGCAUAACUCAGUAGGUG